GUCCCCGCCACCAAUCCGACAUACUGUGAUACGUUUUGACGGGCAAAUCCGCGUUCAGCAUUUGACACAACUGACAAAUGCCUUCAGACAAUUGAAGUUUAUGGACUACCGAAUAAUAAUCCAUCCACCAAAAGGCAUGAUGAACUUGACGGACACAACGAUGGAAACAUCAACUGUUGCCUACCCUUGUCAUGGAGCGACACAGGAAGAGAUCGACCUCUACGAUGACCUUGUGUACUGGUCAGACGGCAUUGGUCAGAUCAUUAUCGGUUGCACGGGGAUCAUUGGAAAUUGCAUGGCUGUGCCUAUCCUGAUCUCACGCAAGCUCAACUCCAUCUUCAACCGGAUAUUGGUGUUUUUAGCCAUUUUCGACAACAUAUUCAUUUUUUGUGCCGUCUUGGAGGGCAUCAGGAAAAACAUUGGUCCAUUGGGUGAUUGGCACGUGUACGCAUUCGCUUACUUCGGCUAUCAACUCCAGAGCAUCUCCAUCCUCUCGUCGAUUUUUAUGACCGUGGUGCUGGCCUUGGAGCGGUAUUUGGCCAUCACCAAGCCCAUCGAGUACCACAACGCCAUCCAAGGCACCAAUCCUUGGAAGCGAGUCUGGAUGUACAUCAUUCCCGUCGUCGUCUUUUCCACGGUGUUCAACCUGCCCAAAUUUGCCGAGAUCAAAGUGGUGGAGAAUAUCAUCAUUACGAAGCGAGUCGACCCGGAGACAUUCGAGACGGAAUUUUACAACGACACCCAAGUCACUGUUCUGCCGACGGAUCUCCGCAUGAACGAUGCCUACAUCUUCUGGUACAACAAUUUGGCCAAGCUUAUCAUCACGGGUUUGAUUCCAUUUCUAUCUUUGUGUAUCUUCAACACGCGGAUUUAUGACGCACUUCGUCGACGUCGCAAGGUUAUGGGCCCGAAUGCAACUGCAGCCCACCAACAACAGCUGAACGAGGACAAUCGACAGGCCCUGGUCCUCUUCUCCAUCGUCAUCAUCUUCCUCAUUUCCAACGUUCCAAGGAUCGCACUGAAUCUUCACGAGGGGUUCUCCUGUCAGGCACGGUCUCGCAACUUCUGAUGGUGGUGAACUCUUCCAUCAACUUUUUCAUCUACUGUGUCAUGUCGGCUCUCUUCAGGGAGGUCUUCUGGGACUACGUCACCGCUCGUUGUCCCAAGUUCAACUGCAAAAAGACUCCGAGAAGUGUCGACGGCGGUGGUUCUGGACCUGGUCCUGCUGUGUCCCGAGCCUCCGUGGAGCUUCAAGAGACCAAAGUUAUCACGAUUCCAUCCGAGAACAAUUGGAGAAAUGGCACCAAAACCCCUAUAGAUGGCGUUGUGUGAAGUCCUCUGUUUUGGACUCGCUUGCCCAGUUCGUGAGUGAGACAGACUUACAGACAGACUCGGACAGAAAGACCGAAGUCGGUAUCUUGGUUUUGUGUGAUAUUAACUCACCUCUUUGUAUAAACACGACGAAAUAAGCCGCCGCCGCCAAGUGGGCGUCUGGGGAACGAUAGAUGAGAUCUGUCCCAUUCUCUCUUUUUGUGCCUGGGAACCAGUGGGAGUUGUUUCUAAGACGAGAAUAAUUGGUUUCCAGUUGGUGCCAAGUAUCUAAUUUACCAAGGCCGUUCUAGUGGGAUAUGUUCAUUCCGAUCCAACAGAGAGGAAUGGAGGCAAGUUUUCCACCCAUCUAACCAACCCAAGAGCAUCCGAACGAACAAGGAAAAAGGAUCCAUCUGCCAUUGGGAGGAACAUGCGACAUCUGACUGGAAGACAACAUUAACAAUAAGAAUGAUCUUGAGAAUGAAUGACCGUGAAAUUUUGCACUUCUCCUCAUAAUUUGGCCCAUUAUGGUGUAUUGAUACCAGAUUAGUCACUAGUACUAUGUAAGAAUCCAAUGCAGAAGGUGUCUGGAACUGAUAUGAAAGAGUUGAGAACAUGAAACGUGCUGUCUUUGUGGCUUUCGACCUCAAAGGUAACGAGCAAUGCACGGGUCGAAUUUGAGAUCCGUCUAAGUACAUCCGGUUUUUGCUUGAUCCGUUUCUUUGCACCCAAGAAAAAUAGAUUAGGUCCAAUGUCGUGCGCUUGGUUUGAAACCCUUGCUCCUAUAACUCAUUCAUUUUCAGCCCCGGCAAUGCUCGUAAAGCCUCUGAAAUUACUUCAACUUGAAGCGAUACUCAACUCAGUCCAUUGUCUUGACAGUCCAGGAUUCGAUCAUGGCUUCUCUGUAACCUAUCAGAUUUGAACACAUUUGUGUUGUUGGCCCCCUCAUAUUUUUUCCACCAUCCGUUCUUGUCUUGAACUGUUCACCAGGGAAUUUCUAACUGAUGACAUUGCUUGUUAUCCUUGGUGUCGUCCUGGGAGACCCGAAGAUCAUUCUCGUCCAAGCUCAUCUUGGCACGAUCUGUUGAGCUCUUUUGUUUGGGUUCAGUUGGUCACAAAUGCCUUAGAAAAUCGCAAGCCAAUGGAGCGUUGGCCGGCUGGUUUUGUACCUACAUGUAUACCGUCACAGAACACCUUCUAAGCAAUCUUAUUAGAGCGUGUUCCGGGAACGAGUUCAGGGUGUAAAAAUUUGAAUGUUGUUCCCAGAUCUCUCAUCAAUUCAGAUCCAAUAGCCCAGUCAGGAGAAGCACAAAUCCAAUUAUAUCGUCCUUCCCCCAUACUUCUACCUACUACUACCCACUGACUGCUAGCUACUACUGCAUCAUCCAUCGAUGAGGACUUUUGUAUUUUGAUUGCGCGAUUGUACGGAUGUAUUGAGUUAAUAAACGUGUACGAGUGUUCUGGA